CACACAUCCUAAUGUUUUGUUGGUCAAUAUCAACACGCUUUUUACUCUUUCAUUCCGAAAGUGUUGAUACUGCACAACGUAUUUGUUAAAAGCUUAUCCGAUUGUAGUUAUUUGCAAGUAAAUCCGGUGUUGAUAAUCAAUUUACUAGUCAAUUAGUCUAUCGCUAUAAAAUCAUGGAUUCAAGCGAUACAGACACGGAAACAUAUUCGGCAACGAAAUCAAGGCUUGGUUUGUGCGAGGUCUGCAAUUAUGCAGUGGCCAAAUAUUGCUGUCCAAAGUGUGAGGUGAAGACAUGUUGCUUAAACUGUCUGAACAUACACAAACGGGAGCUAAAGUGUACGGGAAUUCGCGAUAAAACAAAGUUCAUUCCGUUGAAGCAAAUGACCGACAAGGACUUCAUGAGCGACUAUUGUUUCCUGGAAGAAUGUACUCGUUACGUAGCUGAUCGAAAGCGAGACAAAAUCAAAACCUUCACAUCGUACAACAAACGAUUGCCGGCCGCCCAAUUUAAAAUCCGCGAAGCAGCCAAGGAACGCGGAACAAAACUAAAAUUUUUGCUACCGAAUUUCACCCGCAAUGCAGCCAAUACAUCUAGCUAUGAUCGUGGCGAAAACAUCAUUCACUGGCGCAUCGAAUGGAUCUACCCGAAUGCCGAAAAUUAUCGAAUUGUCGAAGAGAAAUGUUCCGAAAAUGAGAAGCUGAUCGAUUUGGCUGAGAAACAUUUACGCUCUACGCUGGAGGCGGACAACAAAGCUUUGGUCUACUAUCAAUCUCAGGGCAUCGGUGGUCUGACGUUUCUGCUGAAGGCGGAAGGUGUGAAAAAGUGCAAGAAUCGAUUCUACGAACUGGAUGUCAGCAAAACAUUGAGAGAAAACUUCAAUGGGAAAACACUGGUCGAAUAUCCUGUGAUCUAUACCGUCUACUCGAAUGUGGCCAGGGAAUUGUUCGAUGUCAUCGAUGAUGACGAAGAAAUUGAACGUGAAACGGCAUUAUAUCUUAAAGAGCUUGAGUUAUUGUACGGAAAGAAGAAGGUUGUACCGUCUGUCCAGUCGACUGCAUCUGAUGAUGGUCUUGUCAAGUCCGAAGAGGAAAUGCGAGCCACAAUGAAACGGUUGGAAAUCGAGAAAAAAAUGGAAGAUCGUCGUCUCAAGAAAAUUAAACUCGAACAAGAGCCGCCGAAUCUGUUGUUUCCCGAUGAGAAAAUGUUGGAUUUGUUGUCGUCGGAUUCGAGCGAUGGCAAUGAAACCGAAGAAGAAGGAACGCAACCUUCAAAAAAAAUUAAAUUGGAAGAUUGUACAGUAGGUCUGUAAGACUUGGCGCUAUGUUACACGGAUCAAAUUUAUGGAAUAGUCAAAUUAUGUUAGAAAUAAAUGCAUUUUUAAAGUGAAA